AUGGCAGAAGCCGCUCCCGCUCCAGCCGCCGCCGCGCCGGCCAAAGCUCCCAAGAAGAAAAGCGCCGCCCGGCCCAAGAAAGCCGGGCCCAGCGUCGGCGAGCUCAUCGUCAAGGCUGUUUCUCAGUCUAAGGAGAGGAGCGGCGUGUCUCUCGCCGCCCUCAAGAAGGCUCUGGCUGCCGGCGGCUACGACUUGGACAAGAACAACUCCCGCGUCAAGAUCGCCGUCAAGAGUCUCGUGACGAAGGGCACUCUGGUGCAGACCAAAGGCACCGGCGCCUCCGGCUCCUUCAAACUCAACAAGAAACAAGCCGAGCCCAAGAAGAAGCCGGCAAAGAAAGCGGCGCCCAAAGCCAAGAAGGCGGCCGCCAAAAAGCCCGCCGUUGCUAAGAAGCCCAAGAAGGUAGCGGCGAAGAAGCCCGCGGCCGCUAAGAAAUCGCCGAAGAAAGCCAAAAAACCGGUGGCGGCCAAGAAAGUCGCCAAGUCUCCCAAGAAAGCCAAGAAGCCGGCGGCCCCGAAGAAGGCGGCCAAGAGCCCGAAGAAAGCGAAGGCGGUCAAACCCAAAGCGGCGAAAAAGGCCGCCCCCAAAAAAAAGUAGACGCGCCGUUUUA